CCGUCGCCUCGUCGCCUCAGCGGGGCCUCGUCGCCUCAGCGGGGCCAUGUCGGCGUCUGUGGUGUCGGUGAUUUCGCGGUUCCUGGAGGAAUAUUUGGCGUCCACGCCUCAGCGCCUGAAGCUGCUGGACGCCUACCUGCUCUACAUCCUGCUGACCGGGGCCCUGCAGUUCGGCUACUGUCUCCUGGUGGGGACCUUCCCCUUCAACUCCUUCCUCUCCGGCUUCAUCUCCUGCGUGGGCAGCUUCAUCCUGGCCGUUUGCCUGAGGAUACAGAUCAACCCGCAGAACAAAGGGGACUUCCAGGGAAUCUCCCCGGAGCGGGCCUUUGCCGACUUCCUUUUCGCCAGUACCAUCCUGCACCUCGUGGUCAUGAACUUCGUGGGCUGAGCCUCUCCCCUGGUUGGGGGGAGGCAGGGGAAGCGAGAGCAGUUCUCCCCUCGGUGGUGUCCUCCAGUGAAGACCUUUCGGGUGGCAGCCCGAGUGUGGACGGAACCCCUCACCUCCCCCCUGAGCUCGCUGGAGACUCCUGCUCUUUGAUUUGGACUCCCAGCUGGGGCUAAUCGGGACGAUUUCCUCGGCCGGGGUCUCUGACUCUACUUGGCAGUGGGCUUUUUUGCCCCCUGAGAACCCGCCCCUCCAGUCGCUGUCAGCUCUCUGCUUUCCAAAUAAAUAGCGGCCCCCGGGGUCCUCCCUGGGCUUCUGGCUCUGUA